AUGGGGUUGUACUCAAGAUCUUCAAACAAGACUUCAAACAAGCCCAUGACUCAAAAAGUUGUAUUGCCUACUUACAAGCUAGAUUCCAAUCUAGUGCUUUUGCCAAGUGUUGUGUAUAAUGUCACAUUCUCCAGAUUCAAGGCUGCAGCCUUGCUUUAUCGGUUUAAGGAUUUGGUUACAAAAGUAUCGGUGAUCAACAACUUAUUAAGCGAGUACGAAUUUGGUUCUGUGGACAUGGAAACCAACAAUAAUAAUAAUAACAAUCCAACUGUGAUUUCAAAAGAUGCUCAAGAAGGUAUUUGUGAUUUUUUCAACAGCAUGGAAAGUAUCGCUCAAGGCCGGGCUAGUGUUCAAGGAGGGAAAAGAGGUGCCACUUUGAGUGGUCCUGUCACCGAGUUUGACUGGUUGACUUUAGCGAUUAUGCCAAAUUUAGAUAAAAUCAAAGAUUCGAAAACAACGUAUCCCGAGGAUUAUGCCAAUAAUGUGGUGACUGUUGUUAAAAUUAGUGGUAUAGUUGAUGACACUACCAAUAUCAAAAUAACCUUGCAAGCAGUCACAAGAGGAUUGAGACUGAAUGACCAAAGGAACAAAGCCAAGCCUAAUGAAGAGCUAAUCCAGAUUGACUGGAGCAACGACGUAUAUGAUUUGAAAACCAAAUUCAAAACUUUGAAAUCAAAUUACACCAAGUUGUACAAGUCGAUUGAUAGGUUUCUCACAGAUUAUCGUCGAGCAAUGACCAACAACGCCGUUGCUAUGAAAAACGGUGGCGUUAGUAGUAAUCUAUCCCUAAAUAAGGAAGAAUCAAAAAGCAGGGAAGAGAGGGAAAGGGAAAGGGAAAGGGAAAAAGAAAAGGGGAGAAGGCAAAAUGAUUUGUUAACAAAAGCCAAUCAUGAUUUGUUGACAUUGAACCCUUUGGCUAAUGCGUUAUACUUGCAAUUAGUUAGUUCAAAAGAUUACAACAAGGCGUUUCUCAACUUGCACCGACUAUAUUAUCAGCUUCCUUCUACUUUUGCUUCAUCUGCAACCAAGCCAGAUGACUCGUCAAAAGAGAGCAAGAUAUAUUUAAGAUUGGUUGAUUUGACUGGUGCCAUCUUACCAUUUCCCAACUAUGAAAAGUUGCAGCUAUUAAGCAAGUAUAAGAUUGAAGAUAGGUCGGCUACAAUCAAUGAAAUGAUGUCGUUAUUAGUUGAAAUUUUUGAAAACCUCAAGCAGAACAAUGCAUUUGCUAAUAAUUGGUUCCAUAAUGAAGCAUCGAAUAUUCAAAAGGCCAAUGUUGUUGCCAGUCAGUUGAAGUCUAUACGCGUCUUGUUGGAAGGUAUGACGAAUAGACAUAGGGCCGCACAGAAACAGGCACAGUCACGGUCACUGUCAGCAAAGCAACAACAACAACAACAACUGCUGCAACAACAACUGCAACAACUGCUUCAACUUCCAAAAGGCCAAAAACAGAACGAAAAUGCGUCAUCAGCUACUUCCUCAAGAGAUGGUGGUGAUAGGACUAUGAAUGAAGAAUUUGAUGAUAAUGAUGAUGAAGGAGACGAAUUGAAAGCAAUUGCUACAUUUAUCAGAGAUAAGUUGCCAACGAUUUCAUCCCUUUCGAACGACUCGAAACGUUUGAUUCUAAAGGAUUUCAAAAGAAUCAAAUCAUCAGCAAACUCCCCUGGCGGAGGUGGAAACGCGGACUUUAAUUUAAUUCGUAAUUACUUGGAAACAGUUGUGGACAUUCCUUGGGAUUGCUAUGUAACCAAAUUUCAAUCAAACAAGGAAAUUGAUUUGAAAGCAGCGAAAGAACAAUUAGACAAGGAUCACUAUGGUUUGGAACAUGUUAAGAAGAGAUUGAUUCAGUAUUUGGUGGUGUUGAAAUUAAUGGGAAUCAAUGCGUCUCGUUCCAUUGAAAAGAGAAGGAGUGAUUCUGAAAACCAUCUGGAACAGAAACAGAAAUUGCAACUGCAACUGCAACUGCAACUGCAACUGCAACUGCAACUGCAAAAGGUAAAUGAAAAGUCUUUGCCAAAUAGUAUUGUAAUUGCAAACAGUGAUGAGACAUACCAUUCUAAGCAAGAUGCCCAUCAUCAGGUGCGUCAAUCCAUUCAAGAUUCUAGAAUGGAUGAGAGCUCAGCCGAAUCUAUUAGAAUAACAAAGAACAACAAGUCACCCAUAAUUGUUCUUGCGGGACCUCCUGGAAUAGGAAAGACUUCUAUUGCGAAAUCUAUAGCCACAGCCCUUGGCAGGAACUUUCAAAGAUUGUCUUUGGGUGGUAUUAAAGACGAAAGUGAAAUUAGAGGUCACAGAAGAACUUAUGUUGGUGCCAUGCCAGGUCUCAUUGUACAAGCCUUGCGUAAGGCAAGGAGUAUGAAUCCUGUGAUUUUGCUAGAUGAGAUUGAUAAAGUUAUUGGAGGAAAUUCUGGUGUCAACAGGUUCAAUGGUGAUCCUUCAGCCGCCUUGUUGGAAGUAUUGGAUCCAGAACAGAAUAACACCUUUGUAGAUCAUUACUUGGGUUUCCCUAUUGACUUGUCGCAGGUUAUUUUCAUUUGCACGGCAAAUGACCCAUACAACAUGACUAGACCAUUGUUGGAUAGGUUAGAAAUGAUUGAAAUGGGAGCUUAUGACUAUAACGAAAAGUUGAUAAUUGGUCAAAGAUAUCUUUUACCAAGACAAAUUAGAAGAAAUGGUUUCCCGAUUGAGAGUGAGAAAAAAUUUGAUGAUUUUGUCAAGAUUGAUGAGCCUGCAAUGAAAAAAAUCAUUCUCGAUUAUACAAGAGAAGCUGGUGUGCGAAAUUUUGAGAGAAAAUUGGGAACUUUGUGCCGUUUCAAAGCGGUGGAGUAUUGUGAAUAUUUGAGUGACCCUGCUAAUAAGGUAUACAACCCAAAUGUCGAUGAGAACGAUUUGACGAUAUACCUUGGUGUUCCAUUUGCUAGUCCUGAUUUUACGUCUAACGAGAUUGCAAGUAUUGGAGACUCUAGAGUGGGUGUCGUGAAUGGGUUGUCUUACAACUCCGAAGGUUCGGGUUCGGUUUUGGUGUUUGAAAGCAUUGGUUUUGAUAGAAAAAUCAAUAUCAAUGACUCUGUGGGAUCGGGAUCCUCUGGGGGAUCAGGUGCUACAUUGCAUAUGACAGGUCACUUGGGUGAGGUUUUGAUGGAAAGUGGUAAAAUUGGAUUGACAUUUAUUAAGCUGAUGAUUUAUAAGAAUUUGUUGAAAUUUGACGGAGCUGAAGAGAACAAGUGGUUGCUACUCGAUAAAUUUAACAACUUGGAUAUCCACAUGCAUGUACCCAUGGGCUCUAUACCAAAAGAUGGACCUUCUGCGGGAGUCACGAUGGCAUUGCUGUUUUUGUCUGUUCUUUUGGAUAAACCGGUGCCAACCGAUAUUGCCAUGACAGGAGAGAUUACUUUACGUGGUUUAGUUUUACCUAUUGGAGGAGUUAAAGAGAAGUUGAUGGGGGCUCAUUUGUGUCCAGGCAUCAAAAGGAUGAUUGUUCCUCGUGAGAACCGAAAGGAUCUUAUUGAAGAAUAUUUAAAGAAUAUUUUAGAGGAUGACACCAACAGCAGCAGCAGCAGCAGCAGCAGCAAUGGUAAUAGCAAUAGCUAUAGAGAAGCUUUCCCAAACUCAAACUCAUCUUCAACCACCGCUUUGAGUUUCUUGAAUGAAUUACUAAAAGAUAAUGAAGAUUCCGAUUUUAAAAUGCAUCACGUUGAGGAAUAUUUUGCCAAAAGAUACGAUAUUAAGUUGCACUAUGCAAGGGAGUUUUAUGACGUUAUUAAAAUUGUGUGGAAUCAAGAAGAGGUAUUGUCUUCUGAACCAUCUUCACAAAGACUAAUUGAAUAUCACGUAUAG